CUGUCUUUGUGGUCAUUAUUUUGGUAAAGGCCUCCACGUGGCCCAGAAUAUUAUAAGAGAAAGAUGUCCACUCUCACUGAGCUGUUUGUACCUGCUUUUGUCACCAUCUGCUGCAUCCUUGUAUCUCUACUGCUGUUGAUCUACAAGUGCAAGUCUAGAAAAUCUCAUAAAACAUUUCUCCUGUUCAUCGAUGGCCCUGAUCCUGACAAUCCAGCGUGUGCUCUUGCUCUGUGGAACCAUCUUGUAGCCUCUCAAGUACUAUCCCCUCAUCUUCAUAUCAUCCUCACUGGAAGACCGGUGGAUCUGAAAACUAAAAAACAAGUUAAAAGCGAUAUUCCAAUCAAGGAGCAAAUACCGAGACAGGAUUGGGAACAAACGAAUGCAGUUCACGCUCGUAAAUUAUUAUCCGACUCGGCAGCUAGGAUAAACAAUUAUCUUAUAUCAUGUGGUCUCAGUUCAAGCUCGUUCACUAUCUACAAUGGCGGGAUUGCAUUAUACGCCCCUAUAUCUGAUGUAGCGCAUGAUUGGGAAUUCCUGUACGACAGGACAGACUUGAUUACUGGAGUCUCAUCUGAUGCAGGUACUAUCAUUUCUGUAGAAGAAUACGCAUCCCUCAUCCAAAAAUACAAUUCUUUGACUGAUGAUGAUCGAGGAACAACAUUAAUGUCGUUGCUAAGGAAUUAUGAGAUGGUGCCAUUGUCUCAACUAAGAGUGACUCUUAAACAGACUCAGCAUACGGAGCUAAGUGUGUUUCUCGGAGGACCAGCUACUGCAGUGGUGCGUUUGUUUGAAGGGGACCAGAAUAAUUCACUUCGCACUAAAGUUGUCGAGUUGUUUGCAAUGUUUGGAGCUUUGAUGCCGGAGAAAAGCACACUCCUUGGCAACCAGUUCAAUGCAGCGUGUGAUAUGGAGUCUGCAGCUCAACUGUUUAUGGAGAAGAUGUUUCCCAACGUUCCAAUGUACAUUAUUCCCACGGAGACGGCCAAAUUACCUGAGCUAAUAGUAUCUGCAGGUGAGUUAGAGUCACGAGGUGCUCAUUCGUAUGCUGUUAGCCUGAUCAAACUCUGGGAGUCAACUCACAAUGAUUGCCCUCAGCCUAUCUUUGAUGUUCUACCAGUAAUGGCUGCCGUGCCAGAGUUUAAAAAGGCAUUCAUUUGGAGAAAGAAAAAAGUGGUCAUUCAAGAAUGGAUCAAAGAUGGAGAGGUCAGACAAAAGUUUAUUUUUACCGAUACAGACCAUGGCUUAAUUUAUGUGUCAGAUGGUACAUUUAAUUUGAGUAAAGAAUGUUUUUUACAAUUCCUUGAUUCCUGUUUUAGAGCAUAAGGUUUCUUUCUAUGUGACUGUUUGUACCUCCUUGUGUUGAUUGCAUAUAUUUCUAGCCGCCCUCGAAUCAAACGUUUUAUGUGCAUGGCAAGUAGAGACUCAAGCAAUGCUCUCAAUAGCAGCUAUA